GUUACGUUCGUACUUCAGAUUCUCCAAGCGUCUGGUUACAGAACACAGACAUUCGCAGGAUUGCAAGAGAGAAACUGUUACAGAAAGAAUCCGACUUAAAGCAAUCUGCAAGAAAAGAAAAUUGGAGUACAAAAUAAAUCGUUGGUAUAAUAAAAUUCGAAUAAUUCAACGUGUAAUACGAUUCUGAAGAUAUUCAUGUGUUUGUCAUUUAAGAUUCUAAUCUGAUUACGAAAUAAAUAAUCUUGAGAACAAAAUCCACGCAUCAUCUUAAGAAUGGCGCUGCUGAUUCAGGAGCUAAUACUUUGUCUGAUAUUCAUCUUCGCCCUCUUCUUUAUUGUAUUGUACCUUUACUUCACACGAAACUUCAACUUCUGGAAAGAACUCGGCGUCCCUUAUGUAAAACCCGUGCCAUUUGUUGGCAAUCUAAAGGAAUUGGUGUUCCUGAAAAUAGGAAUAGGGCCUUAUCUUGAAAACCUCUACAAGGACCACAAAGACAAACCCUACGUGGGCAUAUUCGCAUUCGAUCAGCCGAGUUUGGUGAUCCGUGAUCUGGAAAUAGUGAAGAACAUUCUGGUGAAGGAUGCACAGAACUUCAUCGAUCGCAAAACCGCUUUUAACGAAAGAUUGGACCCCUUUUUUGGGAAAACCAUGUUUACGUUGAAGGGACAACGCUGGCGCCAUAUUAGGGUAAACUUAACUCCUGUGUUCACAUCGGGUAAGAUGAAGAUGAUGUUCUACUUGGUGAAGAACUGCGCCAAAGAACUGGCUCAAUACCUGGACAGGGAAACGGCAGAAGGGCCCGUCGUGGAGGUGAAGGAAGCGAUGGGUAGGUUCACCACCGAUGUAAUUACGUCGUGCGCCUUCGGUAUCGACAGCAACUCACUGAAGAAUCCUGAAGCAGAAUUCAGGCGUUACCUGAGGAAUAUAUUCGGCCCUUCCGUUCGACAGGAAAUCGUGUCACUGAUGGCAUUCUUUGCACCUCAUUUCCAGAAUUUUAUCAGGCUGAAGUUUUUGGAUGACAAUACGUCUAAUUUCAUUAGACGAACGGUGUGGAGGACUGUGGAGUAUAGGGAGAAAAAUGAGAUAUCCCGCAAAGACUUCUUGAAUUGCAUGAUCGAAUUGAGAAAUAAAGGAAAAGAACGCACCGAAGAGAACAAGCAACCCGCAGACAGCUCGAAGAACAAUCCCAAGUUCAAAAUAGACGGCGAUGAUUUUGUGGCUCAAGCUUUCGCCUUUUUAGCCGCGGGUUUCGAAACGACCGCCACAACAAUGACCUUCGCACUUUAUGAGCUGGCAUUCCAUCAGGACGAACAACAAAAACUUCGGACGGAGAUCACGCAGGUGCUGAGCAAACACCAGGGCGAACUGACGUACGACGCGCUGCAGGAGAUGCUCUACCUCGACAUGGUGGUCUCAGAGACACUACGGAAGUAUCCCAUACUUCCAUUUCUGGACCGAAAGUGUGUCUGUGACUACAAGCUUCCCGACCCGUCAGGAAAGGGGACGGUGGUUCUACCAGCUGGGACUGGAGUUUAUAUUCCGAUAAUAGCUAUCCACAAUGACCCUAAGUACUUCUCAGAACCGGAAAAAUUCGACCCAGAACGAUUCACAGAGGAAACGAAGAAGAGUAGACCGAACUACACGUAUUUUCCCUUUGGAGAGGGGCCUAGAAUAUGUAUCGGAAUGCGAUUUGGAUUAAUGCAGGUCAAGACAGGACUUGCUCAAAUCCUGUCACGCUACGAGAUUUCUCCCUGCAAGGACACUCCUCUCUCCAUUGCCUUUGACCCGAAGACCUUUUUGUUGUGCGCAGUAGGCGACAUACCACUGUCUUUCAACAGACACAAGGCAUAAGUCACAUUCCAGUGAUCAUGUACGCAUUCGGCAAUAAAGUACAAAACACAAGAA